UACAGAUUGUCCUAUACUCACCUGACAGACAGUUCCUGCCCCCACCUGGCAUCUGGAAUAAGAAAUAAUCAGACACUGAGGACCCUGAACCUGUCUGAGAACAAUCUGGAGGGUCCUCAUUUCAUAGAUCUGAUGGUGGCUCUGACAACAAGCCGGAUAGAGGAUUUACAAUUAUAUAGAAAUCACCUGACAGACAGUUCCUGCCCCACCUGGCAUCUGGAAUAAGAAAUAACCAGACACUUAAGAGACUGGGCCUGUCUAGGAACAAUCUGGAGGGUCCUCAUUUCAUGGAUCUGAUGGCAGCUCUGAGAACAAGCCGGAUAGAGGAAUUACUGUGAGUAUAACAGGACUGCCUGAUACAAUAAUAUUCUGGGACAUAUUAAUACUCAGUUUUAUAAAACUGAGGAUCUUAUUUAACCCUGAUACCAGCUGUAGCACUACCCCCUUAGGAAUUUCCUGAAGACU